AUGGACACCGAGCGUCAUACUGUGACGGGAUGGCUAGACGGCAUCACAGGCGUCUGCAUCCUGCGAUGGGCUGUGCUCGAGCGAGAACGAGAUGACAGCUGGGAGCGCCCUCUUGACGAAGCUCAUCCUGCCUCGGCCGUCAGGCUGCAGAUCAUCGACGUGUGUAACGGUACUCCGCAAAGGUACAGCAAACGCUCUAAAAAGCACCAAAACCCAAUAUUCCCCCAAAGUACUGUGCCUCCGCCAGUAAGCACCCAGAAAGCAUGUGAGAGCAAGAAGCGGGAGCGCAUUCGAGCUCGCCCAAUACGGCAUCGCACCAUGCACAGGCAGACAUUUGUAAAACGAGCCCAUUGGCUGUGGGCCAGCCUUGCGGCCGACAUGGUCGAGAUGGUCGAGAUAACAGGAAGCAGCAGCACUUGCGCGUCCCACGUCCACGGCCGUCUGGCGUCUUGCCCGACUGCUGCCUUGGUCCUUCUGCCGACUAAGCGAGGCCGCGGCCACGCAGAAUCUGCCGUCCACUCGGACAGACAGACGGACAGCGUGCUUGGUACGGAGUACAUACAUCCAGUCUCAGCACACCGAUUACGACAUGGAUGCAAGGUUACGUAA